AUGUCUAAUAAUUCAAGGGGUCGAAUUACCAUUACUCUUGGACGCAGCGGUCAGGUUGUGAAGAGGGAUGUAUCUGCGGCAGAUGUUGCUUACUCUUCUUCUAUGUCAGCUGGGAGUAAGCGGUCUGUGAGAGACAGAAUUGGGAAUAACGCAGAUAAUUCCACGUGGCAUGGAAAUGGGACCGGCAGCAAUAAAAGACAGCGAGGAGAUGUAAGCAUGCAAAAUGGACUGGAUGAUCGACGUAUUGGAAAAGAUGAUCUCCGAUUGAAACUCAUGCAAAAAAGUGCAUCGAGGAGGACUGAAGGUAAUGGCAAUAAGAGGAAUAUUGAUCUCCGUGAAAAAUUGUCGAAGAUAGCUCAUCCUCCGACGAACAGUUUUAAUUCAAAGCAGCGCAUGCCUGAACCAAGGGAUGCAAGCUUGUACAGGCCAGUUCCCUCAGCUAGAAGUUCUGAUGAUUUAAUGCGUAUGGAAUCCAUGAGAAGCUCAUACUCUCCUUGGACACUGGAUCAAAUUCGGCAAAGAUCACCAGAUGGGUUUCCAAGUUCUUCCCGGGGGAUCUCCCCCCAAAGAAAUGUUGGAGACCCUCAGAGAAGGCCUUUAAACAGGACAUACGAUGGAAUCAGACCAGUUUCAUAUGCAGGUAGGGAUGUUCUUGAAACUUCAAGGCCUCCAAGUGCUGCUGCACCUUCAUCUUUUAUGUCAAGAUCUGCAAUGUUGUCAUUGCCUCCAGUAACUGCCAAACCUGUAGCAUCUCGUCCUGGCCAGCAUCCUCCAUCAAGCAGCGUUGCACAAAGGGUUCCAUUUGUGGGCGAGGAACAGCAAUCACAAACUGUCGAGGGCCUGUUGCAAGCAUUGGGGUUACAAAAAUAUGUCAUACUCUUCAAGGCCGAGGAAGUGGAUAUGACUGCAUUGAAGCAGAUGGGAGAAAAUGACCUCAAAGAGCUUGGAAUUCCUAUGGGUCCAAGGAAAAAACUUCUUCUUGCACUCUUGCCUCGUAAACGACAGCAGUGUUAA